AUGGUCAUUGGGACGUUUAACAUGAGAAUGUGGUGGGUAUGUGUUUCCUUGGAGUAUGAUUUGAUUCAGAUCACUAAAGCAAUCCUCGAGGAUACCACAAGCAAAGUUUGCACACUGUCAAAUCUCGACUUUAUUAAAAGGCAAUUGAAAAAGAUGAUGGGGAAGUUUUUGCUCGUACUGGACGAUAUGUGGAAUGAGAGUCCAAGUGAUUGGGAUGCCAUGAAAUUUCUUUUUAGCUUUGCAGCACCUGGGAGUAGGGUUUCGGUAACUGCUCGAAGUAAGACUAUUUCAUCCAUUGUUACCACUAAUGGUGAUCUUACUUGUUUUUCGCCAACUACUUUGUCUAAGGAGGAUUGUUGGGAAAUUAUCAAGAAAAAACUGAAAACAGAAGUAGAUAAUCGUGAAGAUUUGAAAGCUAUUGGCUUACAGUUAGCAGAGAAGUGUAAAGGCCUUCCUUUGGCGGCCACAAUGAUUAGAGAUGCCUUGCAUCUCAAAUCAAAAGAGGUAGAGUGGGAUGGGCUGCUGAAACUUUAG